AUAUACUCAUUCGUAUUUCAAACUUCAAUCAGGUGUCAACUGUGAAACGAUUGUGCGAAACUGUACGAACAUGUUCAUCACUUCUGCAAUUAAUGACUGGAGUCCAUUUUUAUUAUGUACGGCCUUGGCCAUUUUGUUGGCUGUCUGGUAUUGGAGUCGAUCGCAGUUCGUACGGCUCAUCAAUGCAAUUCCAGGACCUAAAUGUCUUCCAUUUUUGGGCAACCUUCUCGAUUUGAAUGCUGGUUACGACGAGCUUUUCAAGAAAUUUACCUUUGACUGGAUUCAAAAGUAUGGCGGUAUGUUUCGCAUUUGGUUAACAUUUUACUAUCCGUAUGUUAUUAUUGGGUCACCGGAGCUGUUACAGCCCAUUUUGUCAUGCCAAAUCAUUGGUCCAGUACCCAAAGAGUGUGACCCGAUCAAAGAACAUAUUGGCGACAGCAUCGGUGUACUGGCAGGAGAAGAGUGGAAGCAGCGCCGCCGGAUGCUCACGCCAGCGUUUCAUUUUCAAAUCCUGAACAGUUUUGUCGACAUCUUCAACGAGAAAAGUGUCGAAUGCGCCCGCACUUUGGAUGGGGCUAUCGAAACGCAUAAGGACAUCGAGUUCGAUAUUAUGCCCAUAAUGACACGAUUCACUCUGGAUAUCCUCUGUGAUACGUCCAUGGGACGAAAGCCUAGAACUGACGAGAAAAAGGAACUAUAUCUUGAAAACAUGGAAGCAAUUCACCGAAUCCAUAUGGAACGUUUUCUGAAACCUUGGCUUCAAAUCAAAUGGAUUUUCAAACUGAGCCGUCUCAGCCGUUUAAACACAUUUCACAUUGCUGCUUCCCGUGCAUUCUACGAUCAGGUAAUCGAAGACCGGCGUCAAUUGCUCAAAGAAGAAAAAGAGAAACAUUCCAAUCAGCCGGUGGCUAAUGAUGGUGUCAACAAUAGCAUUUACCAAGAAAACAACGUGGAUUCAUCAAGAAAGAGGCCGGCUUUGUUAGAUACUCUGUUAAAGGCUUCGGAAGAAAAUCCAAACUUCACUGACGUGCAAAUCCGGGAUGAAGUUAGCCUCUUCAUGAUUGGGGGUCAUGAGACAACAGCUUUCACUCUUGCAAUGUUCUUUUACCUGAUGGCGAAGCAUCCCGGACAUCAGCAAUUAGUAGUUGACGAGUUGGCUGAGGUGUUUGGUGAUUCUGAUCGCCCUUGCACGUCAAACGAUUUCGCGCAGCUCAAAUACUUGGACUGCUGCAUUAAAGAGACUUUGAGGUUGUACCCUGGCAUCCCCCUAAUGCUUCGAUCCAUUCCGGAAGACAUCCAAGCAGGUGGUUUCACGCUGCCCAAGGGCUUGACCGUUAUACUCAACUUCUAUGCAACGCAUCGCAAUCCCGCGGUUUUCCCUGAUCCUGAAUCUUUCAAGCCGGAACGAUUUCUUCCGGAGAAUAGCAUAGGGCGUCAUCCGUAUGCCUUUGUUCCAUUUAGCGCUGGUCCUCGUAACUGCAUUGGUCAAAAAUACGCCAUGUACGAACUGAGGGUAGUGAUAGCCAAUUUUCUUCGUUGGUUCCGCUUUUCCGUCUCCGAUCCGUCUGCACCGCUAGAAGUACCUACCAUUGCAAUAAUGCUAAAGCCAAAGAAUGGCGUUCGCGUGAUUGUCUCUAGGAGAUCUAACCUCCCCUAAUAAGAUAUACAAGAAAAACACUUGGAUUUGUGCAUAUACAUUUUAUAACGUAGACGAAGGGAGUGACGCAAGUUUCAGCGAUCCAACGGUCAACUGCAUCGGCUAUAGAUAAAAGAAGAUUCUUAGGCCACCGAAUUUUUUUUUAAAUUGGCUUUUAUUCUGAAGUGUUUAAGUGCACUUGUUUUCUGCUCGUUCUCCUCCCGCGUUAGACAAACGCCUGCGUUCAAGGAAAAAAUCGAUAUCGUUAAGUAUUUACCCGUUUUUCUUUAGUUAUUAUUUUUAUGUGGCCAAGAGGGCGCCCCUUAUCGUGCUGUGUUAAAAGGAUAAGCACAGCGUGCACUCAACUAUCACAACGAACAUUGCCUAAUGGAACCCAUAUAGCUUUUGCUAAAAUUUUAUCCCGCAACAAGUACUACAUCAACAUUAAAAACACAACUCUAUAUACAUUACGAUUCACUUUAAACAGUUUCAGACAACUAAGGUUUUGUAAAUGUCAAUGACGAGGUUAAAGUCUGCCAGGCGGGGAUAUAAGAAACGACCCAGAAGAGAAUUCUCCACUGUAUUGGCUAAAAUCGAUAUCCAUCCAAUCCGCCGUCCAGCUGGUCUUCGAUGGACACAGUGUCCAUUGUCGCUAUUUUUCUCCGCAAGUGUCAAUUAUAGGAACUCUACGCGUCCACUGCAAAACUUUUUCAAUCAACAAAAGUCCAAGCGUCGCUUUGAGUUAUUCAAAACGCACGUCAUGCUGAAAUUUGCCUUUACGAUGUGCGGCCGUUUAAAAGGUCAGCCAGUCCGUCACACGUCCAUAACAAUGAUGAAACGUGACUGCUCAUUAUAAUGGAUUGUACGUAAAUGUAUGCGAAAUACAGGAAUAGCCCAUGGUCGAUGAA